AUGAACGAGGACACUGACUCGGUUGUCUCGCAGUCACCUGGCGGUGCUUUGCUGCAAAACACACCCGUGAGGCGAGAGAACAACAUCAGGCAGCCACCGAACGGUCGGCCCCAGACACCUAUCAACAAGCGGCACGUCUCACAACUGAGACGCCCAGUUGAAGUAGAACAGAGCCCUCCCUACAGCUUGAAUGAGCGCAACAACGGUAGCAGCAGGAUGUCUGUGAAUCCUUUCGACGGGGGCCAGCCUCGUCUAUCAGGCAUUGGGUCACCCCCUCCGCAGUUUGCCGAGAUUCGGGAUGCCUGCUACGCAGCCCAGCCCAUCUGUUUCCACCUGCAAACGGCCCUCCACCGUCAGGUUGGGCUGAGUGAGGAAGCUCAGGCGAAUUACUACCGCGAUAUGCGCUCCAUUGGAGACCGUAUUCUUACCAUUCAGCUAUCCAUCACUUCACUCGAGCAGGAGGUUUUCACCGAGCGUAGUCGUACAGCGUCCGCCAUGGCAAAUCUCCGCUCCCAGCUCGAGUCUUCCAUUCAUGAUGGUGACCAGCUUCGUCACCAAAUUCGCAUGCUACAGACCGAGCUGGCCGCGUACGAGGAUGGUUCCAUCAUGCCCCAGCGAGUGAGAGGCAAUGGUAUUCCCGUAAAUGGAUCUCACUCGACGUAUUCACAGGUCAUUGGCGACCUAAGACGACGAGCUGAUCAAGACUUUAACAUGCCUGUUCGUCAUCCUGGCGCCCUCGCAAACCCUGUCACCCCCGGUCGUCACUUCUCCGGCCGCUAUGGCAGCUCGGUAAGAGGCACUACCUAUCGUGGCCGUGGUGGCUCCCUGAGAGGCCGAUUUGCUGGAGAUCACAUGGCUGGUCGCCAAUCAAGUAUUUCCGUCAACAGCCAUAGCCACAACGGAAGCUUCAACAGUCACAAUGGCAGCAGCGUUGACGGCUUUUCCAGCGGAGGCAUGCCCCUGCUCACCAUGCGGCCGCACAGCUCUGUGGUCGGCGACAGUUUGGGCAGCCCUACCCGCCGCCCGGCACAGGCAGCCCUCGAGAACCUUAGAACGUCGGCUUAUGGGGACCAUGCGCCCAACAAACAGCAGUCAACCGUAUCCUCGAGGCAGUCUGAUGUGCCCAUCAUGGGCCCCACGCCGCGUCAACUGGCCCAGAGCCAGGCUCGGGUACAUGCCAUGGGUCAAUACGGCCAUGGUAAAAACAUUGACAACGGUCACGGAAAUCACGAUGGAAACGGUGGCGGCAAUUACUGGGCGGCUGAAGACGGAGGUUCGCCCAUCCCCCUUCUCAAGACCGAGCUAGGGCUCCGCAGCACCUCGGACAUACGCCCUCCUGGCGCCAUCGGUGGUCGUCCGCCUUCGGCCAACGGAGGUGAUGUCGAUUCCCCUAGUCCCGGUGGUAAUUCCUCCCUGCACCCCUCAUCCUCUGCAUCCAACAUCAAGCCCCGCAGGCCGUCACCUCGGCCCUUCCGCGGUCAAAUCACUCCGCAGCUCCCGGAGGGCACGGCAGCCAAGGGAUCAUCCGCAGCCGUGCAUCAAGCUCAGGAGGUACCUUUGCGAAAGGAAGCCCUCCAGCUGCACACAAAACAAACGUCACCUGGCCAUGCCGCCGGCCAGGGAGGCCAGCCGCCCGCGCGCCACCGUCAGACGUCGGGCCCGACGCGAGCGCAGCAGCAGAUGCAGCUGCAGCUCUUUGAGCAGGCGGGCGCCAACAAGUCCAUGGCCAUGUUCGAGGGCGAGCCCGAGGAGGACGGACUGAUCCUGGACGCGGUGGGCAAGGAGUGGCGCAAGGAGUUCGACCAGAUCUUCACGUACGUCAUCGGCUGGGUGCGGUCUCACUGCAACAAGGCGAACGUGGCCAGCGACGCGCAGAUCCCGCGGCGGUACCCGCGGCUCUGGGAGUACAUGCUGGAGCUCACGUACCCGGACCACAUGAAGAACGCGGCGUCGCACGUGCAGUUCCUCCUCUCGGACUCGGAGGUGCGCUGCUACUUCAUCUGCCGCAUGAUGGUGCAGUUCCUCGUGUUCCACGUCUUCUCCAUCGACGCCUGGAUGGCCGACGACCCGUCGCGCACGGGCACGAGCGGGCAGCUCCGGGGCCCGGCCAAGCACCGGCUCGCGAUGCUGAUGCGGAUGCGCGAGGGCCUGGGCGACGCGGCGACGCCCGAGCAACGGCGCCACGUGCAGAACGGCCAGGCCGAGUGCGUGGUCGAGAUGCUGUCGCAUGCCGACUGGCCGAGCGUGCGCCAGCAGCGCGUCAGCGACAUGGUGCACCGCUUCAAGGAGAUGGCCGGCCCGCUGAUGCGCGAGGACGCCGACCGCGCUCUGGCCUCGCACGACCUCUACGGCAUCGCCGUCAACGCCAUCGAGACCUCGGCCCGGGUGCUCUCGGCCCGCCUGAGCUUCGUCUUUGGCUUCAGCGACUGCGGCGUCAAGUUCUCGGACCAGAUGCACUACGCCGUCAACGCCUCCAGCGUCUCCGGCACCCAGCUGCAGCUGCAGCAGUGGAGGGUCAUGUGUGUCGUCACGCCCAACAUGACCAUCCGGGAUGACUCUGGCUCCACCACGCAGCUGCGCAACAUUGCAAAGGCCAAGGUCAUGGUGAUGCCGUAG